AUGACUGGCGAGCAUUCGGUUGGGGCUUUCGCGGCGCGAUGCCUUCUCGAUGAAAGUCAGUCUGCUGAAUUAUUGGAGGAGAUCGACGAAAAUGACCUUAUGCUGGUCACUGAAUCUGGUUCUGAGGUAUCGAGCCAAUAUCAAUGGAUGUUUCCUGCCUCUGUAGUUGUGGCGUUGGCUUCACUAAUUUUAACUUGGCAAUAUAUAAUACCAACAGCAAUUGCGACUGGAUUUUUACUGUGUGCCUACCUCGCUAGGAUGUUUGCAAAGUGGAGACUGAGAAAAUUCAUAAGAAUUUUGGAAGAGCUGGAUGCUGCGGCUCGAAGAGCGAAUCAAGCUCUUUUAAAAAGGGAAAUGUUGUCUUUUGGGUUAGGCUUGUCAAAAUCGCAAGCACUAUCCGCUUGUCGACUAGAACUUUUCCGUCGAUGUAGAGCCACUGUCUUCUAUGUGACCGCACUAGCUGACUGUCUAGUCUCUGCCGACUUUAUGUCAGAAGAGCGGGAUCGUCUGGUGAGCGGCUUUUACACAGAAGAGAUGCGAGAGCUAGUCCAGUCAGAUGUGAAUGUGGACUCCCCACAUGUCACACAAAGAGGAAUAGGGGCUUUGCUUGAUCUUUUCGUGCUUCAUCGCAGCGAAGUUCUUCGUCUGUUGGUCCUGUACCUUCACCGUUCUUCCGCUUUACUGUCUCUAAAACUCGUACUUCGCAUAAUUUUCGUGCUUAUCUACGAUAUCAGUGGACAUGUCACUCGAUUGAAUGCAUUCACCAAUACCGUAUUGCACGAAAGGACCAAAACCAAUAAAUUACACCCUGCAGAAGCGGCAAAAAUUGGGGGACUGGAUGAAGUGGCUGUCAUGCUUGAUGAGAUCAUUACUAAAAUUGCAAGCAAAAAUGCAUCUGCUGACGAAGUGAGAACUGCGCUGCAGCGGGUGCUAUCUAUGCGAAUUUUCAAUGCCACAGCAAAAACAUUAAAUGAUGAGAAAGUGGAUGAAAUGGAUGACGGAAGUACGGAGAAGGAAUAUGGUGCCAGACCAAAUGCUGUAUUGCGAGAGUUAGCUCCACCACGGCCUCUUCGCGAUGAGGUGUUUGAAGUUAUAGCAUCCAGUGAGGGAAACGAAGGAAAAAUAAUGUCAUUUGAAGAUGAAGUUCUUCAUCAAAAUCCUGAACUGAUGGAUGAAUUGCACAGAGCGUUGGAAGGUCGAGCUUCUGAAUUUGCUGCUCGAGAACGGCGUGCUCUUGCAGCAUUCUAUGGAGUAACUGAUGCUGAAUUAGACGAACUAGAAGAGGCACAGAAUUGUUGUGAAGAUGACGAGGAUGAUGUGCAAGGAAAGGAAGAAACAAGCAGCACUGUAUACGAAUCCUCAGAUCAUAAUUAUCAGCCGGACAACCGGAUGACAUCUGACGACACUACGGAGAAUCCGCCUUCACGUGCCCUGCCCGCCGAUCUCCUAGCUGCUCUUCGUAUGCGAUCAUCAGGAGCAGAGCAAGUUAUAGGAGAUGAUGAUGAUGAUGAUGAUUGAACGCUUCUAUAUCCCUUAUCUUCACUGAUGGAAUUCACUUUGAUCAUGCCCUUGAAAUCAGCCUCUAACGCUAAAUGGUCGAGUUGGACUCGAUUUUUCGCUAAUCGCCUAAAUAUUCCAUUGUUCUCUUAAUGAUCAAGGUAGCUUUAUGACUCAGAAAACCUGAGAAACCAUCAUUUCUUAUCUUUG